AUGGCGAGCGAAGACGUCAAAGAAGAGAAGGCUGCACUCGACGCGCUCGAGAUCGAGGCAAAGGAGUUCGACAAGGAUGCAGAAAUCGACAGAAUCCUAAAAGCCUUUAGGCUAGACGCCUACGCCGUCCUCGACCUACAACCAGGCGUCCCCGAAUCCGACAUCAAAAUCUGCUACCGCAAAAAGUCCCUCCUCAUCCAUCCAGACAAGACCAAGAACCCGCUCGCGCCCGACGCCUUUGACCGCCUGAAAAAGGCGCAAACAGAGCUCAUGGACGAGAAGCACCGCGAGCGCCUCGACGAGGCCAUUGCCGACGCCCGCAUGCUCCUCAUCCGCGAGAACAAGUGGACCGUCGACAGCCCCGAGCUCAAGACGGACGACUUUGCGAAAAAGUGGCGCAACAAGGCGCGCGAGGUGCUCAUCGAUAACGAGCACCGCCGGCGGCGGCAGAUGAAGGCGCAAAUGCAGGAGGAGGGCCGCGAGCAGAAGAAGGAGGAGGAGGAGAUUGAGCAGCGGAAGCGAAAGAGGCAGCACGACCAGGACUGGGAGGCGACGCGGGACCAGCGCAUCAGCAGCUGGCGGGAUUUCCAAAAGGGAAAGUCGGGCGACGGGAAGAAGAAGAAGAAGAUGAAGCCUAUUGGUCUCGACUACGGAUUUUCGGGCACAAAGCAUGUGUACAGCAUGGUUUUAUCAGCAAAUCAAAUUGCAAUGCUCGUGUCUCCUUCCCCCAAACGUUCCCCUUAUCCCCUCUCGGGGGUCAUUUUCGUCUACUAG